ACCAGUGGGUUAAACACCACCGAAGAAGAAUUGUGCCCUUCACAAAAACAGCUAGCAUGGCAAAUACUCCUAAAAUAUUACAGAUGUUGAUUAACUUUUUAUCUGGGCGGAAAAUACAAUUGAAACCGAAUCUGCGUUACGACGAAAUAUCAAAGAGGACACAACCACCGCCUGUUAUUCCGUUGGGCCCGAGCCACAAGUUUGCAAACAACUACUAUUGCACCCGAGACGGCCGCAGACUGGCGAAACCCCCCACAGUUAUAAUGCUUUCACAGAAAGCUAUAACUGCUGGCAGCCAAGUUGCUGUGAAAUCAAAGUGUCCAGUGACACCAGGAUCUGUUUAUAAAGAGCCACCCCUGUCCACAGACGAGCCAUAUCUCUGAGCAGCAGCGAGAUGUUUCACUGUUGAUUCUAACUUGUACAAUAAAGUAUGACUAAAAUCUG